AUGUCGAACACAAACUUUGUUGCCUAUAAGAACUCUGUAGAGUACUUUCCCAACACGUUUGAGUACUUUUCCACUGCUCCACUCUUCUUGAUUCCCAUGGUACUGACGAGUUAG